GGCCGGUUGUGCGUCAGCGCCAUGAAGCUUUUCGCUUUUUUCAUCGCUGUCGUCACGGUCUCCCUGCAACAUGGUGAAGGCAGGCGCCAAAGGAAGGCCCAGUCGGCCAGGGUCCUCCAGGCCUCAUACGACUACAACCAGCGCAGCACCAGCCUGGAUGUCAAACACCGCAUCCAAAAAAUGUCCCUCGACGAGGCCCUUGCGGCCGUCGGCCACCUGAUGCCCGCUGAGGUAGGAGGGAGAUAAUAGAUCUACCACGUAGACGUCACCAUUUGGUGUCCCUCUGUGUGUGUAGGUUCACGAGAUCUUGGCCGAGAAGCUCAGCAAGCCCCUCCGCAAGAAAGCCGCAGCCCAGAUCCGCCGCCAGGCAGCCAACCUGAAGGCGUCCGUCGAUGGGGAGGCAGAUCCAAGGCAGGAGAGCAAGGCCAACGUGCAGGGCAAGACCAACGUCGUGGUGGAGAAGGUGGGGAACACCCUCCCCUCCCGGCACUCACUGCUGCGCUCAGGCGACGUAGAGAUCUUUGCUUAUUCUUGCCCGUGUCGUGUCCCUGUCAGAUCAACGAGAUGGCUUUGGAUACCAUCAAAGAUCUCGGUAAGUAAGGGAGCGGGCGGGAGAGAAAACACCGCCAACCAUCAGAUUGCGGCUGCUGGCUGCUGUUUUGACAGAUCUGACCAAGAUUGACUGCAAGGCCACCAUGGACAGCCUCGAUGAGGAGCUGCAUCCUGCAGGUAGCCAGGACGCCCACAUACACAUGGCUUCCGUCCCGCCACCUGGCUCUCUGUGUUUGUUUGUGCAGGCUGACAACUCCCGGCUGGAGUCUGACCUCAACGACGACCAGUCAGAGCUGUUGCAGUGGACGGCCAAGAAGGACGAAGCCCUCCAAGCCAUACAAAGCUUACAGGUAGACUUACUGCGUCUGUAUGGAGCUCCUCUUAUUUUCCUGUCUCUCUUCUGUGCAGGAUCAACUGGAAGAGCACAACAAGGAGUGUGAUCGCGAGAUAGCGUCGACGGAGGACCUGCACACCAUCAUAGAGGGCGACUACAACGUGUCGAGCAAGGUGGUGGCCAAGACCGACUGCGCCAAGGCCCUCGAUGUGGAUGUGGGCAAGGCCUUCAUCGACCUGCAGCGCAGGGGCUGGCAGCUGGACAUGCCGGGCACGACGAAGGAGAGCUUUAUCCAGACACAGACCCUCCAUCACAGCGGCGCCACCAAGCAGACACAGUCACCAGUGUUGCUGCAGUGCAUCAAACCCAACGGAUACAUGUUCAUGUGAGCAGCGCACAUCCACCAAGGACGCACCGACACGUGUGCACUUCUGCCACCUUUUCUUCUUUCAGGACUUUCCAGAACCCACGGAUCUCCCAGGCGUUGGUCAAGCUGUCCAGCAAGCGCCGCGAGAAGGUCAACGCGGCUCUUCUACAGGUGAGGGAACACACACACACACACAACAGACACAGACACAGACACAGAGAGAGAGAGAGAGAGAUCGCCUUCUACAACACAAAACAUGAUCCUGUUUUGUGUCCUCUUUCCAGCUCUCGCAGGAGCGGCAGGACCCCAUGGUUAACGGCACCAUGUCCCUCAGCAACGGCACCAUUGGUGUGGACGAACCCGACACGCCCGCACAGACAGAGGUUCCCGAAGAGAUGGCCGACGCUAAGUGCACCAUAGCCAACAGCCCCUCUGCCCCAAGUUCAACGACAUCCUCUCCGGCCUCGUCGCCGACAUCUAUGCGGAAAAAAUGACCGUCGAGGGGUGAGAGAGUACCACACACAAAACGGGUGGGUGCUUGGUUGCACGUGAGUUUCACUUCAUGUGUGGAUAUAUGCAGUUAUCUGGAGGAGCUUGUUCGGAAUUGCACUGAGAUCCGCGAGAACAUCCAGAUGGACAUCGACAGCUGGCAGCGCACCCUGGCCCUCGCCAACACACGCAUCGGUCAGCUCGAUGCGCGGAUAGAGGAGAUCAACACCGACCUGGAGGAAGUGCGAAAGUGAGAUCUGCCCGCCUCAUCCCUACGUAUGUCUGUGUCCUAAGUGCCGUGUCUCUGUCAUUGCAGGACUCAGGGGCUCAAACAAGAUGCCCUUGACAAGAAGAAGGCCGAAUGCGAUACUGCCAUCGAGGAAGGUGACUGACAGACAGACAGACAGACACUACCGAGAGACGCGUUGAGGACGAACUCUCCUGAUGUGUCUGUGCAUACGUUGCAGCGACCACUGCCAUAUGUGGGAUCGGCAAAAUCAAGGGUGACUUGGCCAAGAUGUCCGGCACUCCAGAUAUCAUCGAGGUCAGAGGGAACAACAACCAAACCACAGAAUGCCCUUCUGCCGUCCCAUACUUGUCUGUGCCUCGUCGUGGUUCAGGACUGCGAGGUCAGCGAUUGGGAGUAUGGCGUGUGCAGCAAGGAGUGCGGCCCUCAGGGCGGCCUCCAGAAUCUCACACGACAAGUCAUCACCCAGCCCACCCCCGGGUACGGCACGCCCUGCCCGGCGCUCGAGGCUGAGAUGGUCUGCAACAAGCACCCAUGCCCCAUUGACUGUCAAGAAGGAUCAUGGUCCGAGUUCACGAGAUGCUCGGCCGAGUGCGGCAACGGAGACCAAUACAAGUGACUAAGACUGACAAGGCCUGAAGAGGGGAGACACGGUGGCUCCAUCUGUCUGUCCGCGUGUGUCGUGUCGUGUCGUGUCAGGUUCCGUGACAUAAUUCGAGAGCCCCGCUACAACGGUCGCCCGUGUGAUGCGCGCAUGGUGGUCAAGCAGUGUCAGGUGACUCACACAAACAGACAGACAGACAGGCAGAGAGUGUGCGAGCGAACGCAUCGAUCAAUCGUUUGCCUGUGUCUGGCCAGCGCGACCCGUGUGACAAGGACUGUGUGCUCAGCGAGUGGACUGAGUACAACGCAUGCGACGUGGCGUGUGGUGGCGGCUUCCACGAGAGGCGCAGGAACGUCCUGGAGCCUCCUACUGGCCAAGGGUACUGCCCGCCGGCAGAGGAUGUCAGACGGUGAGCUCUCGGGCGCAGGCAAAAGGGAAAUGGGGUUUGUGGACGGGUGUCUCGUAUGUCUGUGUGUCAGUCACGAAGAAAAGACGUGCAACGAGCAGCCAUGUCCCGCGGAGCGCCCCGUGUGCGAAACCAAAGCUGACGUGGUCCUCAUUCUCGAUGGUUCUGGGUACGUCAAGACAGCAGGCACCCCCCACACACAAUGUUUCCACUAAUGCGUGCCUCUCUGUGUCCAGAUCGAUGAGUGAGGAGCAGUUUGGCAAGAUCAAGACCUUCGCCAAGCGACUGGUGCUGCAGACCAAGCUCAAUUCGACCACCAACGCGCAGAUCGGCAUCGUCCUCUUCUCCCACUGGAGCGAAAUCCUGUCAAGGAUGACCGACGACAAAGAGAAACUAAUCAAGAAGAUCGACGCACUCAAGUGGCCGGGAGACGAGGCGUGUCUCGCAUCGGCGGCAUUCCAUGCCAAGCGGGUGCUCCAAAACGGGGUACGUAAGUGGGGCGUGGAGAAGUGGGGGGGCCCUGCACAAGGGGGACAGGACACAGCUGGCAAUGCAUGCAUGUGAUGUGUCAUUCAUUGAUCAGGGUCGCGAGGACGCUGCCAGCAUUGUGCAUCUGAUCACUGACGGCAAGCCAUCAGGGCCCAUCCUCACGUCAGCAGAGAUCGACUACUACACUAAGAUGGGCAUGUAAGCACAAAGACACACGCUGGCAGAGAGACCCAUAGUUCCCUCCCUUCACCGUCCAUCGAUGGGGUGACCUCUCUCUGCAGGUACUUCAUGGUGCCGCCGAUGCUGACGGGCUUCGAGCAGGAGUGGACGUAUGAGUCCAAGGCGGCACACGAACUCAUGUAAGAAGAAUUGUCCUACCCACAGCCAUUCUCUUCCAAUCGUAUGUAUGUGUGUGUUUUUGAAGGGACUUCGCCAUACUAAACAUGAUACUGAUUGGCGGCGACACCGAUUCGCUGGACUACUACAUGCCCCUCAACCACGACCUCUUCCGCCUGGAGGAAUUUGACGAGCUCGAUGACGUGCGUAAACGGCCACAUGAGCCACACAGCCGUGUUGCAUUCUGUCUGGUGGUCUGUCUGUGUUUGUCGUCAGUUUGUUGACGACUGUGUGAUCAUGACCUGCCCGGAAAUCGCCAACCUGACGCCACUAGAUCCCACUGCCUCGACCGUCGAUCGCACAACCACGUAAGGCCAAAUACUGACACGGACCUCUCUGCAUCUAGAUCUGCAUGGAAUGGAUGUGUGUGUUGUUCUUGUCAGCAUUACGAGUGGCAGCACGUUCCUGGCGCACAAGGCCACGGUAGUCAACGGCGCCACGGGCAAGGCCUUCUACCUCUCCAAGAGCAAGUACCGGCACUACAAGAGAAGAUACUGGGGCAAGGUCCAACGCUUCAACUAGAGAGGGGGC